AUGGACGCCGAUAUCUUCGCGCGAAGCGGCGGAAUUGGCGGCGACACCAGUAAUCGGCCUGGCUUCUAUAAACCUGUCGGUAUUGGUUUGGCCGUGGGCUCUGGUGUCUUCAUCGGCAUAUCCUUCGUCCUCAAAAAGGUCGGCCUCUUGCGCGCCAACGAAAAAUACAAUGAAGUUGCUGGAGAAGGAUACGGAUACCUCAAGAACUUUUACUGGUGGGCUGGCAUGACGCUCAUGAUCAUUGGCGAGAUCCUCAACUUUGUCGCAUACGCCUUCACUGAUGCCAUCCUCGUCACACCUCUGGGCGCUUUGUCCGUCGUCAUUACAGCUAUUCUUUCUGCCAUCUUCCUCAAAGAACGUCUGAGCAUGGUCGGAAAGGUCGCCUGUUUCCUUUGCAUUGUCGGCUCGGUUGUUAUUGUGAUGAACGCUCCCCACACCUCGUCCGUUAGCGAUAUUCAGGAGAUGCAGAAAUACUUUAUAACACCAGGCUUCCUCACCUAUGCUGGCCUCAUCAUAGUUGGCUCUGCCGUUACUGCGAUAUGGGUUGCACCGAAGUAUGGUAACAAGAAUAUGCUGGUUUACAUCUCCAUCUGCAGUUGGGUCGGUGGACUUAGUGUCGUGGCGACUCAAGGUCUGGGUGCUGCUAUUAUUGCUUGGAUUGAUGGUAAACCUCAAUACAAAGAGUGGUUUCUAUGGGUACUGUUUGUCUUUGUCAUUUGCACAUUGUUGACAGAGAUCAUCUACCUCAACAAAGCACUCAAUCUCUAUAACGCGGCCCUCGUUACCCCCACAUAUUACGUCUACUUUACCAGUACAACCAUUAUAACAUCCGCAAUUCUGUUCCAAGGUUUCAAGGGCACCACCCAGUCUAUCGUCACUGUUGUUUUAGGUUUCCUAACAAUCUGUUCGGGAGUAGUCUUACUACAGCUUUCAAAAUCAGCCAAAGACGUACCUGAUGCAGCCGUCUUCAGUGGUGACCUUGAUCAGAUUCAGACUAUCGCCGAGCAGGAACAGCCAGAGACAGAACCAAAAGCCGAUGCCAUUCGUGGAGCUGCUGCCAUCGUGCGACAGAUCUCUCAGCGACGACUUAGGAUGGAAGCCGAAGAGCUCAAGCGACUGCAUGAGGAAAAGAUGAUGAUGGAGACCAUGGAUCCUAUUCGUGAGGAUGGACAGCAGCCAGAGUGGGAAUGGGAUGGUUUGAGACGAAGAAGAACAAUGACUUUCAGAACCGGAACAAUUAGCAGCUCGAGGGCCGGAUCUGUAACAUCACCACCGGUGCCGCCCAUCUCUCCUCGUUUCGCCGUACCACCGAGCAGUCCAAGACCGCACCCACCGCUAGGCAUGUCACAAUUCCCACCGGUCGAAGACGAAGACGAUGACCGCGAUGACGAGAACGAUAACAACCGCCACGAAACGAACACCCUCUUCUCGAGUAUUGCAGGUACCAUUCGCGGCCGAGCUCGAGGCUUUACCAACUUUUCAGGCCGUCAUGUUGCGGAUGAUCAUGAUGAUGACAAGCCUCGCCCUCGAAGCCCGAUGCCUCCCGUACCUCUUACCGAGAUAGCCGUCCCCCGGGAUAAGGCCGACGAAGAACACGCCGCCUACUUUGGCCAAACUCGCGAACAUACAUUCGGUGGUCAGGAUACAGAGUAUCGAGGGGCGUCGUUCCGCAGUGGUGACAGCUUGGCUCCCCCGACGCCCCCACCUCACGGACAGCUUCACGGACAGCCUCCGGAUAUUACACGACGUCAGUUUUCAUUCCACAACGUUUUCCGGCGGCCUCACUCAUCGUCUAGAUCAACGUCGCAUGUCGAGGACCCAACGGAGGAAGAGCGUGCCGGGCUCGUCAAGGACGAUAGUCAGCCCGGCCCGGCUUUUCGCUAG